ACCGCAACAGCUAGCAGUAAUGCCUCCUACUUGCAGGCUACAGCCAUUGUCACGAACGCGAACAACCACUCCGAACUACAGUGCUGGCAAUUCACUUCGCCGGUCAACAUUUCAACUACCGCAGGAGUCUCUGGUUCGAUAACGUUCUCGUUCGCCAAUACCACGAGCACUGUCUAUACCGUAAUUCCACCACGCUUUAAUGGGGGUACCCAUACUGCACCAGCCGCCCAGGUUGUAGCUUUCGUAUCCGGCCUUGCUCACAUUACGCUUCCGGUCGCUGUCCACGGCAACAGCAGUCUGGACGAAGCUUGGGUUCUCGGUGGGCCAGACGGCUUGAUCGUCGCGGCAGACACAUUAGGUGCCGGCCACAUCACGACUUACCCCAGCAACGAGCCGACGGUGGCGCUCCAGGCCCCCUUUGGGAGUGCGAGUGACAUCCCUGCGCACUCCGUUGUACACAGUGGGCCGUGU